AUGCAGCUCCUCUCUUUAGUCCUCGCGCUCGCGUUCUUCCUGCUGUUCGCCCAAGAGUCGCUGGCUUUCAUUGAGUGCAGCGUACUCGAUUAUGGCGGAGUGGCAGACAACAGCACGGAUCUCGGACCAGCUCUGCUGAGUGCCUGGAAGAACUGUGUCAUCCCUAAGGCAACGAGCACCGCGACGGACACGCUGCUCUACGUCCCAUCCGGAAACUACUUGCUAAAGUCUAAUGUGCUCUUUGACGAUGCCGUCAACUUCAACCUCCACAUCACCGGCAAUAUUUACCUGCCAUUUGAUUCCUCCCUGUCUGGUACUAUGAUUGAGUUCGAGAACUGCGAUAACAUCGUUCUCAAUGGACCUGGUGCUAUCUACGGAAACGGCUAUCGCUAUCGUCCUGGUGGUAACCUUAGCUUGUACCCGAACCGCCCUCGCCUCAUCCGCUUCCAAAACUGUAACAACUGCGAGAUCACCCAGGUCACGCUAUACGAUGCACCUAUGUUCCACGUAACAGUCAUCGGCAAUAACAACGAGGUACACGAUAUGAGCAUUCACGCAACGCAUAUUGGCGAAACCGAUGGCUUUGAUAUGUCCGGCAACAACAACUAUGUUCACGACGUCAGCGUCGAGAACGGAGACGAAUGUGUUACUGUGAAGACGCCUACAAACGGUUUCGUCGCCGAACGCAUCACUUGCAAAUGGACUGCCGGAUGUAAUAUCGGCUCAUUUGGCGAUGACAACACCGCCGUCGACGUGCAGAAUGUGUACUACUCGGACGUUACCCUCAGUAACUCAGAUGCCGGAGUUAUGAUCAAGUCGUAUCCGGACAACGUUGGAACGGUCAAGAACAUCACCUACACCGGAUUCACCUUGACUACCGUUGCAUAUCCGAUCGAUAUUGAUGCCUUCUGGAUGGGCAAUGGCGAGGACACCGGCAAACUGUCUAUCACCGACGUCUCGUUCAGCGGAUUCACAGGAACCGGAACAUCGACUCGUCCUGCCGUCAAGCUUCAUUGCAACAGUGCGACCCCCUGCAAGGAUAUCAAGUUCUCGGGUAUCAGUAUUACUGGCACUGCAGCCAACACGUACACCAAUGCUUGCGGCUCAGGACUGAGCGGUUUGUCGUCUUGCUAG